UCAUUCGUGGUGGUCAAACGCAUUUGUUUUUGUCUGGGCUGGUAAAGAUGAACAUCCUUUUGCUUGCUCUGUUAGUGACAGUAAGCUCAGUCCAGUGUACCGAGUUCUUGGACGAUCCUCCUCCCAAUUACACGAUUGGGAAAGGGUUUGAAGAUUGUGCUAGUCGUUUCUCAGCCAUAUGGAAGAUCCCAUUCAUCCAGGGACUCGGUGGAACGCGUGCGUAUCAAGGCGAAUUUCAGCACAUGGCAGCGAUCGGUUGGACAAGACCUCAAAACAAGAUCGAUUACUUGUGUGGCGGAAGUUUGAUCACAUUGAAGUUCGUCUUAACAGCGGCUCAUUGUGCAGUAGAUUAUGAUAAUGUGCCUCCGGAUACGGUACGUUUGGGAGACACCGAUCUCGCCAGCACAGACGAUGAUGAAUCAGCACAACAAAAUCCAAUCGCUCGCUUCAUCAAACAUCCGCAGUAUCGGGAGUCUAGGAAGUAUUACGACAUCGCCCUCGUCGAACUGGCGAAUGUUGUCGAUGCGGACGAUGCGGUUUGUGUAGCGUGUGUAUGGCGUGAACCCGAAGCGCCCAGCAACUUACUGGACGCGGUUGGAUUCGGAGCUCUCGGGUUUGGGGAAAAGUUGAGUCCAACAUUGCAAAAGGUACAGCUGCGUGCUUUAAGUGGCGUACAAUGUGCUCAACGGAUACCGGCAAACCGACGACAGAUGCCGGAAGGACUGCGUGACGAUCAGCUGUGUGCGCACAGCAAAACGAUGGACACAUGUGAGGGCGACUCGGGAGGUCCGCUGCAAACUGAAGCGGUCGAUGUGUUUGGCGAGACGUACCCACUCGUGGUAGGUGUGGUAUCGUUUGGUACUCCCUGUAUCGAAGGUUCUACCGGUGUGUACACAAGAGUCAGCUCGUAUGUGGAUUGGAUCGAGAAGGAAGUAAAUCAAUCGCUUAGCUAUAAGACCUGUACCGGAGUGGGAAUGUGCCGUCGCAAACGCAAUGUUGCCGUAUCAGCCACUGUGAGACCUAGCUGGCCAGUCAAUCACGUGGGAUUGCUGUGGGGAAGGGAAGAAACCGACAUUUACCAGUGUGGUGGACUUUUAUUCGAUUUUCAGUAUGUUCUUACAUCGGCGGAUUGUGUCACGUCCAGCAAGGGAUUUCCAAAGUUCGUGUCAGCAGCCGCCGAUGGUGAUCGUGCACCGAUUGCCGACGUGUUUGUUCAUCCACAAUACAGGCGGAACGGAGUAGCGUUCGAUAUAGCUCUGAUUAAAUUGCGUAAAUAUGCAAACUUGGAAGAGACGCAGCCAAUUUGUCCAAUGAUUGGGAAGCAGUUAGCACAAUCCAGCCAUAUCCCUGUUGGCGUUGGAGCAUCGACUGUACAUCGUCGGAUUCAUUUGCAAUAUUUCAACAGCAGUGCAACCAGCUAUGUGCUUCAAAUUUCAGCGCGUGAGCUAUGUAAGUUGGAUAAAAAUGCCAAUUGGACGGAUCUUAUUUGCAUUAAGCGUAACAUUUCCUUGGUACCGGACACAUGCAAGGUUGAUUUUGGUGGUCCAGUGUUGAUAGAGGAGCGUGAGGACGUUUACCGCGCUUAUGGUAUAAUCUCCCGCAGGACAAAAGGAUGUGGAGGUGAUGCAAUUUUUACCGAAAUUGCACCCCACCUGCAGUGGUUAGAAUCAAUCAUGUUUAAGCAGUUGAAUCAAUGGCUUGUGUUUGCCCGUUAGAGUACAAGCUUGCGAUACGAUCGUCGUGUGAGCCAUUCCAAUCAUGUUACAAUCUGCAACACCUUAAUAAAAUGAGAAUAAAUGUAAUAUAAAGUGUAAAAAAACUUUU